UGACUGUCGCCUCCUGAGGAGAUAUUUCCUCAGUCSGGUCGAGAAGAAGAAGAAGGUAACAUUUGGAAAAUGGCGGGUCCUUUAGCGCAACAAGUUUAUCAUUCACUGCAGGCCGCGUCGUGUCCUCUGGUCCAGGAUCUGUACCUGCAGGAAGAUGAAAGCAUGUUGGACCUGUUGUGUUCUCCCUCAGAGCUUCGGACCCACAUACUGGCCUGGAUCUGCUGCAGCAUCAACCCAAACUUUUCCAAUUCCAAAGCCGUGUCGGCGAGGUCUAAAGACCCAGAUGCUUUAAUGAGAGCAAUGUUUGCUUUUGGCCAGGAGCUGAUGCUGAGUAAAGCAGAUGAUCUGGACCUGAUCAGAGGCGAAGCGAGUCCUCUGCGGCAGCUUCAGUUCCUGGAGCAGCUCCUGACUCUGGUUCCUGGUUGUAAAAAGUCUACAGGGAGCAGAAGCGAUGGAAAGGCUCUUCUGAACGAGCUUUUUGCUGCGGAGAACCUGCAGAACCUCGCGCAGAUGCUCAGGCCCACACUGGAUCCCUGGCCUGCACAGCUAAGGGCUUUACUUAAAGGCACCAAAUCAUCUAAUAAAGCAAGAGAAGAGUUCACUGAUGUUUCUGCUCUCCUACAGUCAGCUCAGACAGAACUGAAGGAGCUCCAGUCGAAGUGUGACGUCCCGAAUGACCACGGCCAAACUCCGCCCGUCUUCUCUCCGAGUUCGCUGCGUCUGGCGGCGCGYGAUCUCCAGCAGCUGAUGACGACGUUCAGCCACGUCUACGACACGGACAUGAAACCCUUCUGCAACCGAGAGCCGCCCAGCUUCAGCUCCGAGACGCAGACCUUCCACAGGGUCCACCAGCAGCUGCUGGCCUGCAACACGGAGUCGGAGAUGCUGAAGGAARCAUCAGAAGCUUCAGAAUCCAUGAGAGACGAAGUGAAGCAGCUCCAAACUCGGCCUCUCUACUGGAGCCGAGGAGAGAAACACACCUUACCGGAUCAGUUGGAGGAAAUCACCCACCGAAUCAGAAACUUCUCUCAGCAGAUUUCCUGAUUGGAUCUCUGGGGUCGGKGCCUAAAAGCCGACUAACGACUGAAUCGUGGAGCAGAA